AUCGAGGGAACAAAAUUAACCAAUCGUAUAACUCCCGACAAGCAGAGAAGUCGAGUUAAAUGUUUACUAACAUCAAGUGAUUGAUUAAAAGAUAAAAACUAAAUAUAAUUUUGGUGUUUACUUAAUAAAAGUUUAGUAUUCCUUAAGUUAUAAACGUUUUCCAAAUAGCAGUAGAGUAAUUUGAGAUUACAAAAUUAGUGUGGUGAAAGGAGAAUGGACUAAAAAUUCCAACGCAGAAAAAAUCACUAAUAUGGAUAACCUGGAUGAAUCAGAGAAUAAUGCGAAAGUAUCGGAUUCCGCUUACUCCAACAGCUGUAGUAACAGCCAAUCUAGAAGAAGUCGUAGCUCGAAAUCGACACAUUCUGGCAGCAAUUCAAGUGGGAGCAGUGGAUAUGGUGGAAAGCCUUCCACUUCUGGAUACAGCAUCAACAAUGAAAGUCAACCACCAGAAAAAAGAUCCAAAGAUAAAGACGCAAAGAAGAAAAUACCCCUACAGGGUCUCCAAACGGAUUUAAAAGUUACUGAGGUCAUAAAUGAAAAUGAAUGCGUUCCCGAAAUCGCGCCGAUCUUUGAAUCGUCUAAGGAAGACAUCAGUGAUGUUGCGCAAACGCAAUCGCCCGGGUUGGUGCAGCCAGAGAAGGGGCCUGAGACGAUGGAAGUAUCUGAUAGGACGAGUGGAAAAGACGAGCCCGUUGUGUGCGAUACGCCAGUUGGUACUCCAGUAAUGUUUGUUACCAGCGAUCCAAAUUCUACCCAAACUUAUGAUGGAUUUUCUUGUGUGAUAUCCUUGCAAGAUGGAAUCGUAAUGUAUACGACGUCAUCCAUCACGACUGCGCUUGGUUUUCCUAAAGACAUGUGGAUUGGCCGAUCUUUUAUAGAUUUUGUUCACCAAAGGGAUCGCAAUACAUUUGCAUCUCAAAUUACUAACGGACUAGCGGCCCCAAAAAGUGUAAAUGGUACGCAAACUAAAGCCCCUGAUCUUGGGGACCACGUAUCAACAAUGGUCUGUCGCAUAAGACGAUACAAAGGAUUGAACACUGGUUUUGGAAUCAAAGAUAGAGUUGUUACGUACAUGCCGUUCUUGUUGAAAUUCUUCUUUAAAAAUAUGAACGAAGAUGAGGGACAAGUUAUGUAUUUGGUUAUUCAAGCUUCACCCUUCUUCUCCGCCUUCAAAACGCCCAACGAAAUAGUUACCAACCCAAAACCUUUUGUUAUGAGGCACUCACCCAGUGGAAGGCUCGAUUAUAUUGAUCCAGAAUCUGUGCCAUAUCUUGGAUACCUGCCACAGGAUAUCAUAGAAAAAGAUGUUUUGCUACUGUACCAUCCCAGCGAUCUUUUUUAUCUGCGUCAGGUGUAUGAAACUAUUGUGAAGGAGGGUGGAGAACAGCGCUCUAAACCUUACAGGAUGAUGGCGCAAAAUGGAGAUUACUUGAAACUGGAGACUGAAUGGACUUCUUUCAUUAAUCCAUGGUCAAGGAAGCUCGAAUUCGUGAUUGGAAAACAUUUUAUAAUUGAGGGCCCAACAAAUCCUGAUGUUUUCCAGACUCCAGAGCCUGACAAAUUUUUCAAAAAAUAUACAGAAGAAGAAACAAAGGCUCAAGCUAUAAGAGAAAAUAUGAUCAGAAUUAUGAAUGAGGUAUUGACUAAGCCUGCGGAAGCAGCGAAGCAACAGAUGAGCAAGCGAUGCCAAGACUUGGCGUCUUUCAUGGAAAGUUUGAUAGAGGAAGCACCUAAGCCUGAAGAGGAAUUGCGUCUCGUCAUACAAGACGCAGACCACAGUUGUUAUGAGCGAGAUUCAGUGAUGCUAGGUGGUAUUUCCCCUCAUCAUGACUACAAUGAUAGUCAUACAAGCUCCGAGACAACUCUGAGCUACAACCAACUUAACUACAAUGAAAACUUGCAAAGAUAUUUUGAUAGCCACGAGCCUUAUAACGUCGAAAAAACUGACGCUUUAGCAAUUUGCGAUCAUGCGAACACAUCGGAAAUGCAAGAACCUGUAGCGGGUACUAGCAGAUGUAUUUUGUCAAACCCUGGUGAAUUGGACGAAAGAGCAAGCACGUCUGAUUCUAAUGCAGCCGCAGGCGCCAGUACCAGCCGCGCGGGAACUUCAAUUGAAUAUCCAGCCUUGAGACUGACGGAGUCGCUACUGAACAAGCACAACAUUGAUAUGGAGAAAGAAUUAUUAAAGAAGCACCGUGAAACUCGGUCUAGCAGCAAGGGCGAGAGAGAGAAAGCUUCAAAUGAGAGCAGACAGAAAAAGAAGGAGCAUCUAGCACGAUGCAAUGCUCUAUAUCAGCCAACCACCGCUGGCUUAUCCGCUGAUAAGGCUCAUGGGCUGAAACGAGCCUCAAAGCAGACGGAAGACGGGACUACACAUAAACACCGCUGCUCUUCGCCCAGGAACCGUCGCAGAUUUAGCCAGAAAGUCACUAAUAGUCCUCCCUUGCAGGCUACCAACAAUGUACCCUCACCAUGGCCACCCAAUCCUGUGAAUAAUAUGAACGCAUUUAUACUUGGUUUGGGCAUUCCGCCCCAGAUGUCUGUUAUGAGUCCUAUGACCGUGCCUGGAGCCUUACCGAUGUAUUAUACUCCGACGUCGACCCAGCAAAUGCCGUCUAGAUUUAAUCCAAAUACCAAUCUUCCUCAUGCACACUAUCAUAGAUAUCAAAAUGUAAGCACCGUAAAUCCCCAUAUGCAGUAUAUGCAACAAGGACAAAUUAAUGAGUCUGAUGUGGUAUUUCAAAUGAACUCUGUAUUUGCCACGAGUGGGGAAGCGAAUAGAGUCCACCCUAAUAACAUCCCACCUACUCAUUAUCAGCAGAUACAUCAAAGUAAUCAAUUGCAAUGUAUGAUGUUGGGACAGACAGUCUAUGGGUCUCCGUUCAUGUACUCAGCCAUAGAUCCGCAGAUGUCCUACGCAUUACAACAAAGUUUUGUACCACAACAAACGCCUAAUACGCAACCACUGGAAUUGUCAACUAGUAACUAUGAAGAGGCAUGUAAACUAACCAUGCCACAGAAGUUGGGCAAAUCAUAUUUUGGAAAUAUGAGGAGAGAGAAGAUGGCCGAGGUUCGAGCAAAUAAAGGUGGCCAUGGGCGGAACAUCAUCGGUAGCUCAUCUGUCGGCGCCUCAAAUCGGAGUACGGAUACGAUGACUGAUGAACGUAUAAAGAGAAGGCUUGAUAAUAGUGACAGUAAUAAUGAUAAGACUGAUGGAGAGUCGAGCUACUCGUCUUUCUAUUCAUCUUUCUUUAAGACUGACUCUGGAAGUGGAAGCGACACCAGACACCAAAAUAAUAAGGAAGAUAAUAAGACUCCAUACAGGCACAAAACUAAUGGCAAAUUCUGGCAUAAUUCUGACGUUUCUAUGACUAAUGUCGCUAAUGCACGGAAAAUCCCUAGAAGAAAGAUGGACCCACCAUGGAUGGAGCAAGUGUGUGUUACGUCUGAACUCAUUUAUAAAUACCAAAUUGUUACUAAGAAUAUCGACGAGGUUCUAUCUAGUGAUAAAGAGAAACUGAAACAAUUGGAGCAACCUUCGCUAGUCAAUGAACAACUUAGUCAACUUUAUUUAGACCUGCAACUAGAAGGUGUUGCCGCUAGGCUCACUUUAGAGGAAGGGAUUACCAGCUCGAGCAGCUCAGGCGAAGAAUCUACUGCCAAAUCCUCUAAGAGUCGCCGGCGAAAACGAGAGUACAGCAGGUUGGUGAUGAUCUACGAAGAAGACGCUCCAUUACCUCCACCAGAUGAUACUUGUAGUUCUUACACAUCUUAGUAUUUUCGUGGAGGGUCAGAACACACGCGAUACCGUAUGUUCUUUCCUUCUAUAACCUUAGAUAUGAUGAGGCGGUCUAUGAUAUUCUACGUCAAACUAGUACGAGCACAUCAUUACUGAAGGUAGCGUAGGUGCUCUUAAAAUACUUUUUAAAGGCGAUAAUGGACAGCCUGUUUAUGAACCGCUCUGAAUUUUAGUGUUGUGAGUGAAUUGUGUCAUAAAAACUUUAUUUGUUAAUUUAAUAGUGCGGAAUUAUAGACCGACAACUCUUUCUGAUGGUCGUUACGGCCUGUGGGCGACGAGGAAUAUUAAAAAAAUACGCUUAAUGCAUACAGUAUACAUCUCUCAAUGGAAAAUUUAGCAAUAUCUACCGAUUACCACUGAAUUAACGAUAUGAAAAGAAAAUUAUUUCCAUCCCGCAGUAGGUAUUUCAUCCCCCGUGGCCUAGAGACCAUGCGUGCCUUCAGAAAAAGUUUGCCGUUCUACAAAUAUUUUGUAAUUUCAUGGAUAUUAUAUUUUUAUACAUCUUGUUUAACAAACUAUAUACCUGUACGUAUAUUACUAUGAAUAUGAGUUGUGGCGUUUUAUUAACAUGAGAGCUCAUUAUAAAAAUAUUUUUAAUUUGAGACAGUAUAAGAAUUAUUUUAUUUUUUAAUACAUUAGUUUGUAAGUUGGAUUUAAAGCAAGAAUAUUUAUUUUAUGUCACCACCAUAGCAUAAUAUUUGAUUUAUCGUCGAUUCAGGAUCAAACCGAGAGUUCCCUCACUCUAGUUUCACUCUGCCACUGUCUUGUUUGCCACUGACGAAUUAUUUUUGUAGUAAAUAUUUUGAUAGUAUUUGUUUUUAACCCCCGACCCAGAAAGAGAGGUGUUAUAAGUUUGACGUGCGUAUCUGUCUGUGGCAUCGUAGCUCCUAAAUUAAUGAACCGAUUUCAAAUUAGUUUUUUUUGUUUGAAAGGUUGAAAGUUAUCAGCUCUUUUCUAGUUACUGUAAUCACUUGUCGGGGGUAUUAGUAAUCUUAAUUUACACUUGUAACUCUAAUUAAAUACUCGUAAAGUAGAAAGUGAUUGUUUCUAUUGAAUUUGUGUUUACCAAUUGUUUCCGACCAAACCAAGACAAUAAUACUUAUUUGAAUAUACUUUAUUAAACUUGCUGAAAUGAUAUACUUAGUGCACGUAUGUAAACAAAUACAAGCACUCAAUAACUCUGUUAGUAAAUAUUUUUAUAACUAUUAUUCGUCAAUGGUUGUGGAUACAAUAUUUUUAUUGCAAAGCGCACAGAAUUUUUAUUGAAAUAAUUUUGUAUCUCCGUUAUAUUAUUGAAUAAUGAUUUCGUCGUGUUAUUUAAUAUGAUUAUAAAUUACUAAGGCCGCAUCGUGACUGUCGAAGAGGCUCAGAGCUUGUUCUGUAGUUUUAAGGUCCAAACGUACUUACGCUUCGCUGCGCGACGCGGUAGUGCCUUGCUCUAUAUAAAGUGAUAUACAUAAACUAUAUUUGCCGCGCCUCGUCACGCAGCGUCGCUCAAGUGCACUUUGCUCCGUACAAACACAUAUAAGCUAUAUUUGAAGUGCCGCGUCGCAACGCGUCGAGUCGCGCAGUGCAGUGUAAGUGCGUUUGGACCUUAAUAGUUGAAUAAAUGUGACAGCUAUUAAAAAAAUAUUUUUUUUUUGUUAGAACUAUAGGUAAUUACUAAUUAGUAAAAAUAAAAUGAUCAAAGAAAUUAAUCGAUCAAAGAUAUUAUAUUUUAUAUGUCUACUAGACAAUGCCCGGUAUGAAUUGCAAUGCCACUUUGUACAAACAAUACGCGCUACCUACACUGAUGGUUCUAUGUCAGAAAACUUCUUGCAAGUUCCAACAACCACUGUACAAAGUUCUCAAAUAAACUUUAUGAUAUUGGAACACAUCAUUUAGCUCUUAACUUGUAUAUAAAAAUUGAUGUGUGCGAUACAUACGUGUUCGCGCGUUCGUCUUAUUGAGUUGAAACAUUGUUGUUGUUGGCACUUCCGUUAAGGUUUCUGAGUUAGGAAAAUCAACGUGCGAUAGGUAGUGAGCGAGUUGAAUUGCAACAUGCCGGGCAUUAGCAAAUUUUUUAUAUCAAAUAUGUUACAUGUUUUGCUUUUUAAAAGUUGUUAGUUUAUUUUAUGUCUUUGUUCAAAUGUUGAAUGUUUAUAGAAAUGUUUUAUGUUUCGCUUAUAAUCUGAGCAGCCGCAGGUAGAACUGCCUUUACUGAGGCUACUCGUAUGUAUAAGUUUGCUUGUUCUCCAUAAAACUAUGAUAUGGACUGAGCUUCAUAAGUUGCUUUAGUUGUAAGGUUACGCAUUUUAUUAUUUUAUAAAUGAGACAAUGAUGAUGAUGACAAUCUUGUAUGAACGUUGACACGAUUUGAGUAUUUCGGAAAUAAAAUGAUUGAAGUAAAUGA